CAAAAGUUAUAAACAUGUGCACAGUGGAAGGAAAUUGGAACUAUGAAUUCGAUAUAAUUAAUAUCGAGAAAAGCAAUUUCUCAAAUUUAGAAAUAAUAUUGAAUAACUUUCAAGAGUGUGCAUUAAAAACAUUAGAAAAUACCUUUACAACGGAGGCUCGUUCUUAUAAAGAUGUAACACAGAAAAGUGACGAUGAUUUAAGAGACCUCCUUGAAAAGAAUAAAACUUUGAAACAGAAAAUUGAUAUAAAACUUAAGGAACUUCAGCAACAACAAAAACAAUAUGAAACUUUCAAGCAAGAUCAGAAACUUUUGAUUCAAGAAAUUAAAGAGAAACAUGAAGCAUUUUUGAUGGCAAAAAAAUAUUAUAAGAAAUUCUUAAGAAUGUAUUUCACUAUUGAAUCUAAAAAUAAAGAUAGCCAAACUAUAUUUGUACAAUUUUUUAAUGAAACAAGGAAAGACUCGGAAAAAUACAGUGUCCGGUUAUUAAGAAACAUCAGUAAAUGCAAAUAUGACUUGCUAAGUACAAAUCCACAGUUAAAAAACGUCAAAGAAUUACAAAGAAAACUUGAAGAAACAAAUGAUGUACCCGGUCUCUUGAGUUGCAUCCGAAAAUCUUUUUUAACAAUAAAAGAUUCAACAAAACGUUAGUCACAUAAGUGCUCGUUUUUCACCCUAAAUUAUAAGUAGGAUAAGAUGUAAAAUAAAAUGUAAUAUUAUCAUAUUA